AUGUUUCGUCAAGUCAUGGGACUCUUCCGAGCUCAAAGCCAAGAGAGCCUAAUCAAACAAUACACUCAUGAUUUAGCUUCGCUCACAUCGAAAAUUCACCAGUUAGAUCAAUCAUUGAAAAAGAAGGAUGUUGGAAAGGCAAAAUGGCACAAAUGGUGCUAUCUUUAUGGAUCGAGCCUCCUAGCUUUGUUCAAUGCUGUUUUGUACUUGCAGUUGGCCGACAAACAUUUCGUAAUAGCAUCGCUAAUCGUUUCCGUAAUAGUGUUCGUCUUUCUUAAGUGGGGCAUCGACAAGUGGUAUGAAUUCUUUACGCAACGCACGCUGCGGAAAAUGGAUCAAUUGAGGGCGGCACAUCAAGAGAAGCUUGAGGCUUUAAAACAGAAGACGCACUUCUACUCAACGAAUUCCUUAAUUCAGAGAUUCUCUUCCGGUGAACACCAGGAAGAAGACGCUGUAACUCUCAUGGACGAAGAGAUGAAAACUAAGUAUGAUGAAUUACACAAGCUAAGGCAGGAGCUAGCAACAUUUCAAAAGCAGGAAAAUCCACAGGAGUCCCAGGUACAAAGGGACAAAUGGUUUGACAAAGUGCUAGACGUUAUAGGUGGCGGUGAUGUAAAACUAGAGUCGCAAGUGAAAUCCAUAGUCUGCGGGAAGUGCGAGAAGCACGCCGGCAGCUACAGGAUUGCGGGACUGCGGCUACAAUACGUGUGUCCGCUGUGUAAUUGGAGGUAUGACAGCGAAGAAAAGAAAGACGAACCCAAGCACGAACUUGUGGACAUUGUCGAGAAUUUAAACACAGAUCGUACACAGCAAUCAAAUGUAACGUCUAAAUGA